GAUGAUCUGCACAAAACUCAUAACUCUGUGUCAGCAACAGAUGGACACUCUGCAACUUCAUUUAUAGAAUAUCCAAAGUACAAGCCAUUUAUUAAUUCAGAUUUGCUGCGCUCCCCACAGAAACCAGUAAUCCCGUAUCCUGAAAGCAACAGCAGAGCAAUAUUUUCUGCUCUGAAGAAUCUCCAGGAAAAAAUUCAUCGACUGGAGUUGGAACGGCUUCAGGCGGAGGAGAAUGUAAAACACCUCAGCAGAGAAACAGCAGACUAUAAAAAAGUACUAAGUGAACAAAUGCAACACAAAGAGCAUGACAAGACUGAAGUGGCAAAGAAAAAUCAAGAGCUGGCUUCUCAGCUAGCAGCUGCUGAGUCUCGGUGCAGCCUUUUAGAGAAACAGCUUGACUACAUGAGAAAAAUGAUCCAGCAUGCAGAAAAUGAGAAGUCGCAUCUCUUGGAAAAACAGGGUUCGUUGGAGAGAGAUCGGCUUCUUGAUCAAUCACAUGUUCAGUCUAAACUGGAAAAGCUGGAUAUGCUGGAAAAAGAGUACAGCAGACUUACUACGAUGCAGUCCAUAGCAGAGAAAAAAAUGAAAGAGCUGGAACAGAAACUUCAGGAGGAAGAACACGCGAGGAAGCUUGUUCAGGAAAAAGCAGCUGAGCUUCAGACAGGCCUGGAAACCAACAGACUACUGAUUCAAGCAGCAUCACCGUUGCUUUCUCCAAAAGCAAGAAGACCCAGAAAGAAAAGUAAACAGCCAGAGAAGAAAUGCUCUCUUACAAGCCAUCUCACUACGCAGCCCCAUUACAGACUGUGUCUGGGUGAUGUGCCCUUUGUAGCAGGGAAGUCUACCAGUCCCAGUCACUCAGUUGGUGCCAACGUGCAACAUGUCCUACACCUGAUGAAACAGCACACGAAAGCUUUGUGUAACAGUCGUGUGGUAAAUGAUACUCCACUAGCAAAAUCUGUCAGUACUGAUCAUCCUGCCAGCAAAAGCAGAAAGUCAUCUCUGCCAAAGGAAUCUUCUUCAUCCCGGGAAGAGCUCUCGGAAGUGCUGCUGACUUUACAAGAUGAAUUUGGGCAGAUGAGUUUUGAUCACCAGCAGCUGUCAAAGCUUGUCCAGGAAGCCCCAACCAUUGCAGUGAGGGAAGAUCUGGAGAGGGAACUUGAGGCACUGGUGGGAAAGAUGGAAGCAAAGGCAGACCAGAUUAGCAAAGUCCGGAGGCAUUGGUUGCAGCUAGAGAGACUUAAGCGAGAAUGCAAGUCCAAAAAGACUUCUGCUAAACAAAUAAAAGACAGCAAGUUCCCUGUUAGUGAGGUUAAAGUAACAACUACAGUAACCACAAAAGGGAAGAAUGCUGGUCCCAUCAAAGUGAAACCUGGAGAGAAGAGUAGGAAAAAUCUUCAGUUGUUGAGAGACAUGCAGACCAUACAGACUUCGCUACAGAAAGAUGAUGUCAGCUGGGACUACUGA